AUGUCUAACUGGACAAAUGUAACCGCAGAAGACAUUUUUAUUGCUGCUAAAAUGGGGAAUAUUGAAAGCUUGGACCCUGCUUCAAUUAAUUGCAUAAAUAGAAAUGGCAUGACUGCUCUUAUGUUAGCUGCUAAAGACAACAAUUUGCAGGCAUUAAAAUGGCUUCUAAAAGCGGGUGCUGACCCUAAUGUACAUGAGCCUAUAAAAUGUGUAUGUUCCUGCGAAAGAGGACAAAAGAGGACAGCGCUAACCAUAGCUAUGUACAAACACAAUAAAGAAUGUGUAGAAGUACUGAUCAGAGCUGGAUGUUUCUUUGAUUGUGAUCGAGGAUUGGAUGCUAUAAAGAUGGCAAAAGAUUAUCAAUUCAUGGCUGCUAUUGCCGAAGGAGAGAAAGUGAUGAAACAAUAUCUUAAUGACUCGAAUCAAUCGGGGACCGCAUUUUAUGUCGCUUUUAUUAAUAGACGUAUUGAUUUGCUCAAAGAUUUAAUAGACGUGGGGGUGUCUUUUAAUUUCAAAUCAUUAACUCGUGAGGAUGUAACGAAUAAGGAAGCUCUGAUUAACAUGCUACCACUUUCAGCUCUAAAUAAUCCUAGGGGAAAAGUUGGAAAUUUAGAGAAACUGCUUACACGGGCCGUACAAUUGCAAAAGAAAUCGAUUGUAAAAAUUAUGAUAAAAAAAUACUCUGAUCUUGAUAUUGUAGAUUUCUCAAAAAAUAAAGCUCUUCAAGUCGCUUGUAGUGGUGAUAGAGUUGAGUUAAUAAAUGCACUGUUGGUUGGGGCUAAAAUGGAAGCAGUUAGUUGCUCUCACAUAGAAAUCGUUCAACUGCUGGUAUCAUCCGGCUCGGAUGUAAACUGUAUUGAUGAAGACGGCAGUACAUUACUUAUAAAAGCUUGUCAAUCCAGCCAAAUUAAGACUGUCACCUUUCUUUUACAUAAUAAAGUAAAUAUUGACCAAGCAGAUGAUUCUCAGAGUACAGCUCUUCUUUAUGCCUGCAGGUCAAAUAAUCUGGAAAUAGUAAAAUUACUUGUGAAUGCAGGUGCCAAAGUAGAGGACUCUAAUAAUAAAGGCUUGACACCUUUCUCCGAGGCAUGCAAUGUAUCAAAUAUAGACAUGAUGAAGCUUCUUAUCAAUGCAGGCUCGGAUAUAAAUUGUGUAAAUACUUAUCAACGAACGCCUCUCAUAAACUCUAUUAUUGGUGAAGGAUAUUGCUACGAAUUUCACAGAAAUUCUAUUGUAGAACGUAACCUUGCCACCACACAAUUUUUGCUAGAACACGGAGCUGAUAUUUCAAAGGUGGACAUAGACGGUAUGACAGCCUUGAUGUGGGCAGCUAAAACAAAUAACGAAAAAGUCUUUGAUCUUUUGCUUGACCUUAAGCCUGAGAUCAACUGUGUUGAUCUAACACAGAAGACAGCAUUAGUUUAUGCGGUGAUGAACAGUAACGUACAGAUGGUAGCCAAGUUGAUACAAGCUGGAGCUGAUGUUAACAUCAAUUUCAGUCAUCAAGUAAACUGUUAUAAAAUAUGUAAAAAACCAAAUACGUUUUUAGAGAAAAUGCAAGAUAUUUUAAGAAGAUAUUCAAAUGAAAAAACUACACCACUACAUUUAGCUGGAAUGAACAGCAGUAAUGAAUUAGUGACCUUACUGUUAACUUGUGGAGCUAAUAUUCAUGCAGUUGAUGAACACGGCAGAACACCUUUACAUAUUGUAACCAUUGCAGGUAGUUUGGUGAUCAUGCAAUCAUUAUGUCAGUUUGGUGCGAAUAUAAAUGCUUUGGACAAUUACGGAAAUUCCCCAUUUUUUACUGCUUUGCUAUUCGAAAACAAAGAAGUAUCUAAAUAUUUGCUAGAGUGUGGAGCUGUUGUAAACGUGAUAUGCGAGUCUCUAUGGACCCCAACAAUCGUUGCUGUUUUAAGUAUUGACUCAGAGCUUUUACAUUUGUUGAUUCAACAUGGUGCGAUUUUCGACAUGGGCAAGUAUUCCGAGCUAAUGAUUGCUCUUGAACAUAGAAAUGUUGAGAUGUCGAUAGCUUUAUUAAAACACGGAGCUGACGCCAAUGUGCGAGACACUAAAAAGACACCAGCACUCAAGAUAGCCAUAAAACAGGCUAUUGGUGGUUAUAUAUUCGAUACGCCCGUAGAAAGAUCAAUAUCCAAUGAUGGAAUACAAAAUUGGAGAGAUAAAAUAAAGCUUGUAUCUGAAUCAUUUUUAAACAAUGGCGCCAAUGUUUCAGUCACUGAUAAUGAAGGUAACACUUGUCUACACAUAGCGGCUGAGUUAGGCGACGUGAAUGUCUUGGAGUUAUUUGUUGCCCAAAAAGCUGACGUCAAUGUUCAGAACGUAAAAGGUGAGACGCCGUUAAUGAUAGCGUGUAGUCGUGGUAAUAUUAAGGCUAUCAGGUACUUUCUCACUGUUGGAGCUGAUGUAACGAUGGUGGAUGUAAACAAGGAUACAGCCUUGCACCACACGACUCUUAAAGCAAAAGAAAUGUGGCGCUAUCAGAAUGUGAUUUUAGAAAUGCUACCAUGCACUAUAACAAAUUUAAUAGCAAACAAUGCAAACAUCCACGCCCGUAAUGGACAAGGAAACACAGCCUUACAUUUGGCUGUAAAGUUCGAUCUCGAAUAUUCCAUAAAGGUUUUGAUAGAACAUGGGGCAAAUAUAAACGAUCAAAACAACGAAGGAAACACACCAGUUUUCCUUAUGACCAACGAUAAAUUAAUUCAUUUCUUGGUUGAUGCUAGAACUGACAUAAACUUACAAAAUAAAUUAGGUGAAACAGUUUUACAUCACGCCUUUAAUGUGAAUGCUGGUCGUGUCUUAUUAGAAAUGGGAGCAGAUAUGGAGAUUUGCGCACACAAUGGACGGACAGCACUCAUGUAUGCCACAGCUGCAGGUAAAUUUUCAUUGGCUCAAUUUUUAGUAGAACACGGUGGUAAUGUAAACGUGAAAGAUAAUGAACGAAAAACUGCUUUGAUGCUUGCCAUUGAGAAUUAUACUCCUAACAUAAUGAGAUAUGGAUUGUAUGACUCUAAUAUUUUAAAGAAUCUUUUAGAACAUGGAGCAGAUGUAAAUGCAAUCGAUGCCACAGGUCAGACCGCUUGUAUGAUAGCCGUAAACGAACAAUCCACCGACUAUGUUUUGGAAGUUUUACCCAAACUUGUAGCAUAUGGGGCUGAUUUGAAUAAGGUGGACAAUAAAAACAAAACUGUUUUAAUCCAUAUUUUAUUAAAGUUUAAUACGAACCAGUUGAAAUGUAUUUCAAAAAUACUAAAACUAGGCGCAGAUUUAGCUGUUGAUAAUGAGUACCGAUAUUUAGUCAAAGAAAUGAGUAAAGAAAUUAAAACAUCCCAAAAAUACGGGAGAACGACCAGUGACUUGUCACAACGAUUGUUUCAGUUUUGUCUUGUAAAUGGAUGCAUUUUAUUGAAGGCAUUUAACCUGUGGGGAAUAGAUAAAGCACUACAACUUCCUCACUUCAUAUCUUUUAACAGUUUAGUAUUUGUCAAAUACCUUUUCGCCACUGGAAUGAUAUUCAAGUCUGACUUACAAAUGUUAAAAAAAUUUGAAGAAAACGUCUUGGUCAACGCCACAACGCUAAAUAUUCCACCUGAAUUACAAUCAGCAAUGCACCAACCCUGGCCACUGGUCAAACUAGCUUUUAUUGAAGUCUCCACCUUACUUGGGACUGGACCUAUGAGAGAAGAAAAACUAAAACAGACCAAACUCCCACCAAGAUUACAGCGAACGUUGAUGUUUCAAGAACCAAUAUCAAGAUUACCUGUAGAAGACUGGUCUAAAAUACCUCUUUGUUUCGACCCAGUACAGUACGAGACUUUACCCUGUCCUAGGCCUUUACUCUACUACUGGCCUGUUGGUCAUAGGCUCGUUAUUUAA